AUGGCCCAACAACAGAACGACAAUGUCAUGCGAAGGAAACUGGUCAUCAUCGGCGAUGGUGCCUGCGGGAAAACUAGUCUUCUGAGCGUCUUCACCCUCGGGUAUUUCCCAACAGUCCCGACCGUUUUCGAGAACUAUGUGACGGAUUGCCGAGUGGACGGUCGAUCGGUACAAUUGGCGUUGUGGGAUACAGCCGGUCAGGAAGACUACGAGCGACUACGUCCGCUGGCAUAUUCACAGGCUCACGUCAUUCUGAUCGGGUUCGCUGUCGAUACCCCGGAUUCGUUGGAGAACGUGAAGCUGAAGUGGAUCGAAGAGGCCAACCACCGCUGUCCGGACGUCCCCAUCAUUCUGGUCGGACUGAAGAAGGAUCUCCGCGAUGACCCGCUCGCGCAGGAAGAGAUGCGAAAGAAGUCGUUGAGGUUCGUGUCGACGCGCGAAGGCAGCGAUACAGCGACGCAGAUCGGGGCGCGAAAAUACCUCGAGUGCUCCUCGCUCACAGGCGAAGGAGUGGACGACGUCUUCGAGGCCGCCACUCGCGCCGCGCUGCUCAAAUUCGACAAGCGGAAAAGCUCCUGCUGCAUCGUACUAUGA